GGAGGAUGCUGCGGCUGGCGGCGGGGCUGCUGGCGGCGGCCCUGGCGGCGCUGCUCCUGGACUGGUACGGCCAAGCGGGGCCUCAGCGCCUGGGCCAGCGCCGCCCCUUCGCUCGGGAUCCGGCCCCCGGGGCAGAGGCCACCAACCUCUUCUGGGUGGUGCAGGUAUCAGACAUUCACAUCAGUAGGUUUCGGGAUCCCAAACGAGUUCCUGACUUUGAAAAGUUCUGUUCUGAAACAAUUGAUAUAAUUCAACCAGUGCUUGUUCUAGUGACAGGUGAUUUGACAGAUGCCAAAACAAAAGAUAAACUGGGCUCUGAGCAGAUUGAGGUGGAGUGGCAAACUUACCAGUUGAUCCUGAAGAGAUCAAGAGUCAUGGAGAAAACCAAGUGGAUAGACAUCAAAGGGAAUCAUGAUUCAUUCAACAUUCCACACUUGGACAGCAUCCAAAAUUACUACAGGAGGUACUCUGCCUGGCAUAAGGAUGGCUCUUUCCAUUAUGUGCACAGGACGCCUUUUGGAAACUAUUCGUUCAUCUGUGUGGAUGCCACCCUCAGCCCAGGCCCCAAGAGACCAUACAAUUUCUUUGGGAUUCUAAAUAUGAGUCAAAUGGAAGAGCUGUCUUCCUUGGCCACAGAAAGUCAUCAUAGCAACCAAACCAUCUGGUUUGGCCAUUACCCCACUUCAACAAUCAUCUCCCCAUCCUCAGGAGUACGAAUGGUAAUGAGUUCUGCCACAGCCUAUUUGUGUGGACACCUCCAUACAUUGGGUGGACUGAUGCCAGUCCUGCAUAGUCGGCACCCUCAGGGCACUCUGGAACUGGAGCUGGGAGACUGGAUGGAAAAUAGGAAGUACCGGAUCCUUGCAUUUGAUCAUGACCUCCUUAGCUUUGCAGAUCUGAACUUUGAGGAGUGGCCAGCUGUUCUCAUCACCAACCCCAAAUCAUUACUUUAUAGCAGCUCUACUCAUGAACCACUAGUGAAAAUUCUUCACUCCACCCACAUCAGAAUUUUGGUCUUCUCUCCUUCUUUCAUCACCUCUGUGAAGGUCAGUAUUGAUGAAGUUCAUUUGGGGGAUGCUCAUCAUGUGUCUGGUCCUCUCUACGUACUGAAGUGGAACCCUCAAAACUACAGUGAAGGGUUACAUCACAUAGAUGUAACUGUCCAGGAUGCCAUUGGGAAGAGCAGCACUCAAGGUCAUACAUUUGCUGUGAACGAAAACCUCUCUCUUAGAUUUGGAUUCUUGUCAUCUCUCAUUCUCCUUACAGACCACUACAUCCUGACUCGAGUACUGUUUGGGCUGACUGUUCUGGUUCAGAUCACCUUGCUUCUUAUUUUCAGGUACCUUAGAAAGCCAACACUCAAAGGACCUCCAGGAUUAGUAAUGCUGACCUCCUUUUCACUUCACAUCUUGAGCAAAACAAACACCUUCUAUUACUCUGUUCUGAUACUGAGUUUGUAUACAGCUCUGGGACCUUGGUUUAUUGGCGAGGUGAUAGAUGGUCAGGUGGGCACCUGUUUUUCCUUUGGGGUAAUUGUUGGUGGACAUUUCCUGCAAGGCGGCUUGACAUUCGUGGUUGGAAUUUUACAGAUGAUAUUUUUUAACUUGCCUUUGAUGGCUUACCUGUGCUGGUGCCUGUUGCUACGAUGCCAGGGGCAUAGCUUUUGCUCUCAUAUCCGUCAUGUCAGGCACUUCCUGGCUGUGCCAAUCCACCUAACCAUGCUGCUCCUGCUGGCCUGGCAAGUCUAUUCCUGUUACUUCCUGCAACGGACCUAUGGAACUCUGGCUUUCUUCCUCUCCCCAAUGAAGACCUGGUUGGUGGUGCUGACUCUAGUUCUGAUCCAUAAAACCUGGACACUGAGCUCUUCUGAGCUGAGAACUUACAUAGUGGAAAUGAAAAACUGUCAGAGCUCUUGAUGCCUGACGAAGGUAUUCAAAGUUCUUUUGAGUUAAGCUGUGAAGUGCAGGUUUGUAUGGCUGCAUUUCAGUACAGCCCAGGCAAUUAAAAUGGUAAAAUCUGAAGCUGUCCCUGAAUUGCUUCAGAACUUUGUGGUAAUGCGGUUUUCUGUGGUACAGAGUGGACCUGUGUGUUUGACAGAUGGAAUUAUUUCCUGAUUACUGAAUGAAAAAAAUGUUUUGAUUAAAUUCCUAAUUUUAUAACAUUGGAAAAAUUCAGGAGUGAAUCUUUAUAAUGCAUUAUUGGAACAGUGCUGCUAUUUAUUUAUUUAUUUAUUUCAGUGUUUACACAUGGGUCUACAAAACUACUCAGUGUGAUUAGAUGUCAUUAAAGACAGUAUUGACCAUAACAAAGGUCUGCAACCGUGGCCUUCACACUAGGUUUCACUGUGGUUUGUGCUAAAAACACUUCUUGAUGUGUAUAAUGCUGUAACGUAUAUCAUCAACUCAAAAUCUAAUUGUAAUGUUUGUGUGUGUGUCUAAGUCCUGCUCUAUUCUUCUUCCUCAGACAGUGCUAAAAAGAGGCAGUAUGCUCUGUCUUUGCCUUUUCUGUCCCAACAGUGACCCACACCUGACUAGUGAAAGAGCUAUGUUGAUUGGUGUUAAAGGGAGGCUCUGUGAUGGUCAGAGCGAGGAAUCACAGCAGAGAGGAACAGAGGUAGGAUUCUUCAGGGAUGAAAGAUCUAAGUGGAGCAGUGUGGGCCAAUGACUAGGGCACAGGAGUGGGCGUCAGGAAACUGGUUAUGUGACCUGCUGUGUGAUCCAGGGCAUGAGAAUACAACAGUCUUUUGAAAUCAAGAACAUCCUUGCCAAGCUGUUCAUUAGGAGGGGACAGAAGUACUGGAAGAGAGCAAAGCAAAGGACAGACCAUGGAAACAUGCUGUUAAGUCUUAACACAUUGCCAGCAGGCGUCAAUACCAUGCUGUGACAAAC